AUGAAAGAAAAUGAAUCAACGCACAAUAAAGAACGUAGUGAUAACAAAGAGAAGAAAAUAGAUAUUGACGAUGUUCUUAUAAACGAGAUCGGUCAAUUCGGUAGGUACCAGAUCCGACAACUUCUGCUAUUAUCGUUACCUUUGCUAGUGGGCGCAUUCUCAAGUGAAUAUAUAUUCUCUGCGGCUGCAAUUCCACACAGAUGUCAAAUUCCUGAAUGCGGUGAGGAGGGUAAAGACUUAGAAUUUCAACCCGAGUGGAUUCUAAACGCUAUUCCUGAAUCAAGCUCUGGUUUCUCUAGUUGCGAGCGUUAUGAACCUCUAGGUGGCAAUGGUUCAUUGGAUUUUUGUCCCGCUGACAUUUUUAAUCGGAAUAACUUAAUCGCUUGCGAUGACUAUGUAUAUAGCAGAAAUAAUUCUGUUGUUUAUGAUUUCAACCUAGGCUGCCAGGAAUGGAUGCGUACAUUUGCUGGUACUCUAAGCACUAUCGGAACAUUGCUGGUUUUGCCAAUCACGGGAUACAUAUCUGAUCGCUUCGGACGCCGAGUGGCACUCAUCGUGAAUACAUUCAAUUUUGGGCUCUUCGGCUCCAUUAGAGCGUUCUCCGGCAACUAUACGAUGUAUUUGGUGUUCCAUUUCCUCCAAACAUUUUUAGGUGCCGGUAUAUACAGCUCUGCUUACAUUUUUGCUACGGAACUGGUUGGACCCAAGUAUCGAGUAUUGGCUGGCGCUAUAUGUCCCUCGAUGUUCGCUGUGGGUUCAAUGAUCUUGGGAGGCGUGGCGUGGGGAAUAGAAUCCUGGCGUCAUAUGAUACUGACCUUACACGUGCCUUGCUUUAUCAUUAUCUCUUACUAUUGGUUUCUCGGUGAAAGCGUGCGGUGGCUCUUAUCUAAGCAAAAGUAUAGCCAAGCGAGAUCUGCUCUGGAAAAAGUAGCCAAAACCAAUAAGACUAAAAUUAGCCAAGCGUCAAUGGAAGCACUGAUGCGUCCAAAAGCUGAGACGACAGUUCAUCCCAAAGGAGGGCGCUAUUUGAUCAGACAAGUUGUUCGAUCUCGCAUUCUUCUGCGCCGAGUUUGCACUACUCCUUUCUGGUGGAUCGCUACUACGCUCGUGUACUACGGUCUUUCCAUUAACUCAACAAGCCUUUCUAGUGCUAUGUAUCUUAAUUACAUCCUCACCUGCGCAAUAGAGAUCCCGGGAAAUUUUGCCACUGUCCUCAUCUUAGCCCACAUAGGCAGAAAGCCCACUUUAUGUGGAGGUUUCUUCCUAAGUGCAGCUUGUAACUUUCUGUUUGUUAUCAUACCUAAAGACUUUAACGUAGUUCGAUUGCUAAUAUACCUGCUGGGAAAAUUCGGUAUCUCAAUAGUAGUGACGUCACUGUACGUAUACACAUCCGAGCUCUACCCGACAGAAUACCGUCACAGCCUACUAGCUUUCUCUUCAACGAUUGGUAGAAUUGGUUCGAUAAGUGCACCUCUGACUCCGGCUUUGGCGGUGUACUGGGAGUAUACGCCAUUCGUGCUGUUCGGUGGAAUGGGUCUAUUGGCUGGCCUCCUCGUCCUCACCCAGCCAGAGACCUUCGGGAAGAAACUACCCGACACCCUUUCAGAAGCGGAAGAACUCGGAAAAACUGGUGCCAAA